GGGGGCGGGGCUCCCGCUCCUCCCCGGGGUGACCGGGUCCCGCCGCCGAGCAGCCGAGGUCGCCGAGGCCGCGCGGGGUGGCGUAGUGCGGCGAGGCCGAGCUGACGCCGAGAGGGCCGAGCAGGAGUCCAGCCACCAGCUGACCGCAGGCGCCAUGAGCCAGGACACCGAGGUGGACUUGAAGGAGGUGGAGCUGAACGAGCUGGAGCCCGAGAAGCAGCCGAUGAACGCGGCGUCCGGGGCGGCCAUGGCGGUGGUCGUGGCCGGCGGCGCCGAGAAGAACGGGCUGGUGAAGAUCAAGGUGGCCGACGACGAGGCGGAGGCAGCGGCCGCGGCCAAGUUCACCGGCCUGUCCAAAGAGGAGCUGCUGAAGGUGGCGGGCAGCCCCGGCUGGGUGCGCACCCGCUGGGCGCUGCUGGUGCUCUUCUGGCUCGGCUGGCUCGGGAUGCUGGCGGGCGCCGUGGUCAUCAUCGUGCGGGCCCCGCGCUGCCGCGAGCUGCCCGCGCAGAGCUGGUGGCACAAGGGUGCCCUCUACCGCAUCGGCGACCUUCAGGCCUUCCAGGGCCCCCGGGGCGGGGGCCUCGUGGGCCUGAAGGGGCAUCUGGAUUACCUGAGCACUCUGAAGGUGAAGGGCUUUGUGCUGGGCCCGAUUCACAGGAACCAGAAGGAUGACCUGUCUGGGACCAACUUGGAACAGAUCGACCCCACUUUCGGCUCCAAGGAAGAUUUUGACAAUCUCUUGCAGUCGGCCAAGAAAAAGAGCAUCCGGGUCAUUCUGGACCUCACUCCCAACUACAAGGGCCAGGACUCAUGGUUCCUCCCCACAGAGAUUGACGCUGUGGCUGCCAAGAUGAAGUUUGCUCUGAGUUUUUGGCUGCGGGCUGGUGUGGAUGGGUUCCAGGUUCGGAACGUGGAGAAUCUGACGGAUGCAUCUUUGUACUUGGCUGAAUGGCAGAACGUCACCAAGAGCUUCAGUGAAGAUAGGCUCUUGAUUGCGGGGACUGAGUCCUCUGACCUUCAGCAGAUCUUGAGCCUACUUGGCUCCACCAAAGACCUGUUGUUGACUAGCUCAUACUUGUCGAGCCCUGAUAUCACUGGGAGGCAUACAGAAUUCCUAGUGACCCAGUAUUUGAAUGCCACUGACAAUCGCUGGUGCAGCUGGAGUUUGUCUCAGGCGGGAUUCCUGACUUCCUUCGUGCCGGCUCAUCUCCUCCGCCUCUACCAACUGCUCCUUUUCACCCUGCCCGGAACCCCAGUUUUCAGCUAUGGAGACGAGAUUGGCUUGGAGGCAGCUGCCCUGCCUGGCCAGCCUGCGCAGGCUCCGUUCAUGCUCUGGGAUGAAUCCAGCUUCCCCAACGCCUCAGGACCUGGAAGUAGCAACAUGAGUGUGAAGAGCCAGAAUGAAGACCCACGUUCCCUCCUUUCCCUGUUCCGGAGGCUGAGUGAUCAGCGAGGCAAGGAACGCUCCCUACUGCACGGAGAUUUCCAUGCACUCUCUUCGGGGCCUGACAUCUUCGCCUACAUCCGCCAGUGGGACCAGAAUGAGCGUUUCCUGAUAGUGCUCAACUUUGGGGAUGUAGGCCAGCUUGCCAAGCUGGGGGUUUCGGGUCUGCCGGCCACAACCAGCCUGCCAGCCAAAGUCAACCUGCUGCUCAGCACCCAUCUGGGCCAUGAGGAGGAUGCCUCUCUUGAGCUAGAGCAUCUAAACCUGGAGCCCCAUGAGGGCCUGUUGCUCCGCUUCCCCUACGUGGCCUGACAGGACACAUUAUUCCUCCCUUCCUCUGGCCCUUUGGGUCCUGGUUUCGUUUCUUUUCUUUUCUUUUCUUUCUUUUUUCUUUUCUUUUUU